AUGAAACGUGUUAACGUGGGUAAACCUCCGAAAGUGUUUGAAAAUGAAACACAUACAAUCACAGAAGACGGAUGGGAUGUCAUCACAGAAAUGAAAACAGAAGAGAUAAUUGUACCACAUAGUUAUAAGGUUACUAAAGGUACUCCUAAAGGUAAUUCUAUUCUCUCAUUUUGCAUUUCACCUAUCUCAUCACCAUGA